AUGGGAGGCCAACAAACUAAACCUAAUCUAAUGAAGAAUGAUGCUGUAAGCACGCUAUAUGAAGAACGAUUCACCAUCGAACGAGAUUUAGCCAAAUAUGAUUUAAGUCAAUGCUUCGAAAAUUUAGUAUUCGAAGGUGGUGGUACCAAAGGAACAGCCCAUGUUGGUGCAUUAAUGGUCUUAGAAGAUCUUGGAAUCCUCGACAACAUGACUCGCUUUGGUGGCUCUAGUGCUGGUGCUAUGUUAGCUGCUUUACUGGCUAUUGGUUACUCAGCUGAUGAGAUUUUAACGUUUCUUUACAGUGAUACUAAGAAAAUUAUAAUGGAUUCGAAAUGCGGCUACUUAAGCUUGCUACCAAGUUUAUUCCGUCACUAUGGUUGGAUUCCUGGACGUCGCUUAGAAAUAUGGUUUAAAAUGGUUCUUGCAUCCGGUCCACGAAACACCUUAUGCCCCAAAACUAAAGACAAGGGGGCUAUUACAUUUAUGGAGCUAUAUAAGGCCACUGGAAUUGAACUGUGUAUAACUGCAACAAACGUUAAUUACUUGACGGUGGAUUAUUUUCAUCCCAAAACGACGCCUGAUACGCCAAUUUAUAAGGCUGUUAGGAUGUCAAUGGCCUUACCAGGAUUUUAUCGCAGUGUUAAAGUGGAGAGAAGUAUUUAUUUGGGGCCAGAUCAUAUAGAAAAAGCCAAUGACUUAUUCGUAGAUGGUGGUCUAAUAUGCAACUAUCCGAUUUAUGUGUUUGAUGGCUGGUGGCUUUCCUUAACACCAGAAAAUCAAUUUCUUCGACGAAUGCGACCAUUAUCUCAGCUACAUAAAUUUUAUGAUUUCAAAGAACGAUUUGGGACAGUAAAUAAAAAAACUUUAGGCAUUAUGCUUUACUCAGCGGGAGAAACUGAAGCGGUCAAAGAAGCAUUAGAUACACGCGAAAAUAGUGGACCUGCACAAAGGCCAAAUACAAAAUUAGCUAGAGUGAGGACUGAAGCAAUGAUAAAAAAGCGCAGAGCUACAGAAAUUUAUGAUCAAGUUCUUAAGCUCAUGGAUCGAUUUUUACAGUGUUUAGAUGCAAUCCAGCCGAUGAUUUUAGAUGUUCAGUAUGAUGUAAAGACGGUCAAAGAUAUUUUAUCUACGAAAUUUAGCUGUGAUGAAUUAUCCUUUAUGUUUCCUGGUCAUAAAGGUGAUUUGGAUAAGAUCAUUGCUGAAUUAGAUGAAAACAGUGAUGGAAAGCUAAGCUUGCCUGAAGUGAUUUCUUUCAUUGAACAUCAUGGAAUUGAUUUACAAAAAGGGUUUUUAGGCUACGGCCGACGUGAUAUCGAAAAUUUAGGUGAUUUUAUCCAUUCUUUACAGCAAACUCUAUCUGUGAACAUCAAGAAAAUGACAGUAAAGCCUGAAGAUGUUGAAAGAACUAUUGGCAUAAAUACUGACUAUAUUGAAACCACUGAUUGGAAAAUGGAAUUCGAAGAUAAACGAUUUUUAAUCAAUUGUGGUGUCAAUGGUGCCUUGUCAUUCCUUUUAGAGUUUAUCGAUAAGAAUAAGGACCAUCUACCUUUGAAGAAAGAUGUCUAUCGAUCGCAAAGACAACAAAUAGUUGAUGAAACACAACAACCUAAUCAAAAAGUAGACGCGAUAGUAAAUACCGACAAGGCUUUACUAGAUAAGUACUAG